GCUUCGCUCUCGGCGCAGCGCAGCUUUGACCCUCGUGAACACAGCAGUCAGAAUCGAGGACAUGGGACCGUGAAAGUAUGGCGGAUGCCGAGGAGCCGGAGAAGAAAAGAAGGAGAAUAGAGGACCUGACUGAGAAAAUGGCUGUAGAUGGUGGACACAGUGUUGGGAGUGGCGACUGGGAAGGACGGUGGAAUCAUGUUCGGAAGUUUCUGGAGAGACCCGGCCCGUUCACCCAUCCCGACUUUGAGCCAAGCACUGAGUCUUUACAGUUCUUGUUGGAGACAUGCAAGAUUCUGGUCAUUGGUGCGGGAGGACUUGGAUGUGAACUCCUCAAAAAUCUGGCCCUGUCCGGGUUUCGCCUCAUUCAUGUCGUCGACAUGGAUACUAUUGAUGUGUCCAAUCUCAAUAGGCAGUUUCUUUUCAGGCCUAAAGAUGUUGGACGACCGAAGGCGGAAGUGGCUGCUGACUUCGUCAACAGUCGUAUACCAGGAUGUAAAGUCAUCCCUCACUUUAAGAAGAUCCAAGACUUUGAUGAGUCUUUCUACAGACAGUUCCACAUCAUUGUUUGUGGACUGGACUCCAUCAUCGCCAGACGCUGGAUGAAUGGGAUGCUGAUAUCCCUCCUGAGCUAUGAAGACGGAGUCCUGGAUCCCAGCUCCAUCAUCCCCCUCAUUGAUGGAGGGACAGAGGGCUUUAAAGGAAACUCCCGAGUGAUUCUACCUGGCAUGACUGCAUGUAUUGACUGCACACUGGAGUUGUACCCACCACAGAUUAAUUUCCCCAUGUGCACCAUCGCGUCAAUGCCGAGGCUGCCAGAACACUGCAUUGAAUACGCCAGAAUAUUACAGUGGCCCAAAGAAAAGCCAUUUGGAGAGACGAGUUUAGACGGCGACAAUCCGGAGCACAUCCAGUGGGUGUUUGAAAGAUCCCAAGAAAGAGCUGCACAGUUUAACAUAACAGGAGUGACGUACAGACUCACGCAAGGAGUUGUGAAGAGGAUCAUUCCUGCUGUGGCAUCGACUAAUGCUGUUAUUGCUGCUGCCUGUGCAACAGAAGUUUUUAAAAUUGCUACAAGUGCAUAUAUCCCCUUAAAUAAUUACCUGGUCUUUAAUGAUGUGGAUGGGCUCUACACUUACACUUUUGAAGCUGAGCGAAAGGAAAAUUGUUCAGCGUGCAGCCAGGUGCCUCAGGAUCUCCAGUUCCCUCCUUCUGCCAAAUUACAGGAGGUUUUAGAGUACCUGACAGAGAACGCCUCUCUACAAAUGAAAUCUCCAGCUAUCACCACAACUCUGGAAGGAAAGAAUAAGACCCUUUAUCUGCAGUCUGUUAAAUCCAUUGAGGAACGAACCAGGCCAAACCUCUGCAAAACCUUAAAAGAGCUGGGCUUGUCAAAUGGACAGGAACUAGCGGUAGCCGAUGUCACCACACCGCAGACAGUACUCUUCAAGCUCAAUUUCACGGCUUGAGCCUCUAUUACAACAAAACAGCACUGAUGCAUCUGAAUGCAAACUAGAUGUUUCAUCACAUUGUUACUGUGAUGUUGCAGUAGCACAUUUGAUAUGAAAAUGUACAUAAGAUGAGCAAGUUGUCACUUGUGGGAUGGUUUUGGUUGUAUGAACUAGGAAUCAUUUAAUAACACUGUUUUUUCUAUUAGUAACGUUGUUGGCUUCUUUGUGUAUUUGUCUUGUGUUGACCUAAAUUGUAGCUAUUCACCUGUCAAAGAAGAAUCAUGAUGUGUUAUUAUACCCCAAUAAAGUUUUAUUAUUAUUAGGA